UAGAUCCCAACUACAACGAAAAUAGUCUCUGACUCUCAUUCUCAGCUCAGACAGCCAUAUUCUCCGACACCGUCAGCCAGAAACGUCGUCGUUUUGACCUCACCGAGACUCUUGUUUCGUGUUUUCACGUUGACCCAUUUUCAUAAACUUGAUUUUCUUGGAGAGUCCAAGGACUUAUGCUGUCGGUCAAACCCACUGCACCUCUCAACCCAAACAUCUCCGGUGACCGGAGAUCCACCGCCAGAAAAUAUGGUGGACUUAGAAAGGCCCACGUGGCGGUUUCUGGGUCGGUGCUCGGUAGACGUGGAUCGGUCCGGGCCGCGAUCAGUAGUGGUGACAACAAAACAGUGGAGACUACUGCUAGCUCUGUUCCGGCUCAUCAGAGUAGAGAUACCACCGGUUCUCUGAAGCCAUCUUCUUCGCCGAAAGGGGUUGAAGUGAGAGCAGUGAUGACGAUCAGGAAGAAGAUGAAGGAGAAGCUUACUGAGAAAAUGGAGGAUCAAUGGGAGUUUUUCGUUAAUGGGAUUGGUCAAGGGAUACAGAUUCAACUAGUCAGCGAGGAAGUUGACCAAGUGACUAAUUCAGGAAAGAGUAUCCAGUCUUGUGUAAGAGGGUGGUUGCCAAAGCCAACGAACAAUCUUCACAUAGUUGAAUUUGCAGCAAACUUUAUAGUCCCAAAAGCUUUCGGGGUCCCUGGUGCUGUUCUUGUUACCAAUCUUCAUGGCAAAGAGUUCUAUUUGUUAGAGAUUGUUAUUCAUGGUUUCGAUGGAGGUCCAGUAUUCUUUCUUGCCAAUACAUGGAUCCAUUCACGCAAAGAUAAUCCUGAGAGUAGAAUCAUCUUCAAAAAUCAAGCCUACUUACCUUCACAAACACCAGCAGGGCUUAAGGACCUCAGACGUGAAGACUUGUUGAGCAUUAGGGGAAAUGGGAAAGGUGAGAGAAAGCUCCAUGAUAGGAUUUAUGAUUAUGAUGUUUACAAUGAUUUGGGUAAGCCUGGACAGAAAGAUCUUGCUCGGCCAGUCAUUGGUGGGGAGAAGAGGCCAUAUCCCAGGAGGUGUAGAACUGGCAGACCUCCUAGCAAAUCAGAUCCUCUUUCGGAGAGCCGAAUUGAAAAGCCUCAUCCAGUAUAUGUACCCCGGGAUGAAACAUUUGAAGAGAUUAAGCAAAACACUUUCUCAGCUGGAAGAUUGAAAGCUUUGCUUCAUAAUCUUAUACCAUCUAUAGCUGCAUCACUGUCUAGUUCAGAUAUCUCUUUCAACUGUUUUACUGAUAUUGAUAAGCUGUACAACGAUGGAUUCUUCUUGAAAGAUGAGGACCAAGAUGAAGUCAUUAACAAGUUUCCAGUUAUGGGAAAGUUCAUGAAACAGGUCAUGAGUGUUCAAGAAAGGUUGUUCAAAUAUGAUGUCCCUGCUGUUAUUAAAAGAGACAGAUUUUCAUGGUUGAGAGAUAACGAGUUUGCUCGCCAGUGUUUAGCUGGGGUUAAUCCUGUGAGCAUUGAGCUUUUAAAGGAGUUUCCCAUUCUCAGUAAACUAGACCCUGCUGAAUAUGGUCCCCCAGAAUCUGCUAUCACAAAGGAACUUCUAGAGCAAGAGCUUGGUGGAAUGAGUGUUGAAAAGGUACUAAUAUAUACAUAUUGCUAUGUUUAUGUAGUAGAAUUAAGAAACAUAGAUAAUCAUCUCUCUUUUCUCUUCUUUUCUAUCUUUGAUGUUGUUCUGUUUUUGCAGGCUAUUGAGGAGAAGAAGCUGUUCAUACUUGACUACCAUGACAUGCUUUUGCCAUUUAUAGCGAGGAUGAACUCUUUGCCCGGGAGGAAAGCUUAUGCCUCUAGGACAGUUUUCUUCUAUACCAAGUCUGGUGUUCUGAAGCCAUUAGCUAUUGAGCUUUCACUUCCUCCAUCGCCUUCUUCCCUUGAUAAUAAUAAGACUGUUUACACACACGGACACGAUGCCACAACGCAUUGGAUUUGGAAGCUUGCCAAAGCUCAUGUUUGCUCCAACGAUGCUGGAGUCCAUCAACUAGUAAAUCACUGGUUGAGGACUCAUGCUUGUAUGGAGCCUUAUAUUAUUGCAACUCAUAGGCAUCUGAGCUCAAUGCACCCCAUUUACGUACUUCUUCACCCUCACAUGCGUUACACACUGGAAAUUAAUGCUCUCGCCAGGCAAAGCUUGAUCAAUGGAGGAGGAAUAAUCGAGGCGAGUUUCAGUCCCGGUAAGUAUGCCCUGGAGCUGAGUUCAGCAGCAUACAAGAGCCAAUGGCGGUUUGACAUGGAAGCACUUCCAGCUGAUCUUAUCCGCAGGGGUAUGGCUGUGGAGGAUCCCUCCAUGCCUUGUGGUGUCAAACUUGUAAUCGAAGAUUACCCUUAUGCUGCAGACGGGCUUUUGGUAUGGUCUGCCAUUAAAGAAUGGGUGGAAUCUUAUGUUGAACACCAUUAUGUUGAGCCAAACUCUGUAACAACUGAUGUUGAGCUCCAAGCUUGGUGGGAUGAGAUGAAGAACAAGGGUCAUUAUGACAAGAGGAACGAGUCAUGGUGGCCUAAACUUGAGACCAAAGAGGACUUGUCUAGUAUACUUACCACUAUUAUUUGGGUGGCUUCAGGUCAGCAUGCAGCCAUUAACUUUGGACAGUACCCUUUUGGAGGGUAUGUCCCUAACCGCCCCACGCUUCUAAGAAAACUCAUUCCACAUGAAGAUGACUCUGAUUAUGAGAAGUUUAUGUUAAAUCCACAGCGCACUUUCCUGUCUUCUUUGCCAACCCAACUUCAAGCCACCAAAGUUAUGGCAGUCCAAGACACUCUCUCAACUCACUCAGCAGAUGAAGAGUACUUGGGUCAAGUCAAUCCACUUCAUAGUCAUUGGACAAAUGAUCAUGAAAUUCUCAAGCUAUUUAGUAAAUACUCUGCUCAAUUAGAGGAGAUAGAGAAGAUUAUUAACAAAAGAAACAAAGAUAAUCGCCUAAAGAACAGAAGUGGCGCUGGAGUUCCCCCAUAUGAGUUGCUUGUUCCUACCUCUGGUCCAGGGGUAACCGGCCGUGGAAUUCCUAAUAGUAUCUCCAUUUGAUGCCAUAAUGUAGCUUCUUCAAUAACAUUAAUAGCACCUUGUAGUGAUAAUUUUAAUUGUUGCACAGCUUUUUUAUCAUUUUCUUUAUAAAAUAUACAGAUUUAUCUCUUCUA